UCACAUAUAUGUGGCCGUGCGGGGCGUUUUGUGCGGGCACGAGAGCCCAUUCAUUUGAAUGGACUCCCGUGCCCCAUGACAAGCAGGGAAGAAGUCCCUGCACUUCUUCUGAAAACGCAGCCCGCACGGGAACCUCAGUUCCCAAUACGGUUGCGUUUUCCAGUGCGGGCGGCAUGCUAUUAGAAGUAAUGGCACCCGCCCGUGGGUCAACAUUCCAUUCGCGCUUGCGGUGUGGUGUAAACAUUCAUGCUUGCAGCAUCUUUGGGGCACGGCCACAUAUAUGUGAACCAGGGCUAAGAACAUGAUCAGGUUUUG